ACAAAGUGGGUUGGGCCCGGCCCGCUAGCUGUUAGCUAGCGUUGUGUUGUGAGCCUAGCCGGUCAUGAAGGGGCUGGUAAUAUUCCACGACCACGAGAUCGCCUUCUGCCAUGCGGACAAGGACCUGGAGAGUUACCUGAGGGAGCGAUGGACCUUCCUACAGAAGUCGGCGGGCGCCACUGAUAAGGACUUGGAAGAGCUGGAGAAUAAAGACUUUAUCUUCAUCGUGCAAGAGUUCCUUCAGCCGUUCUGCACAGCUUUUGAUGCUCUAGUGGUGCUGAAGAAACAGAUGCACUCUAUUUCACUGGAGGGAGGGUUUAUGAUUGCGUUCAGAAAGUUUGGGCAGAACCUCUACAUAGCCAUGAGUAAGGGGCACGGGGAGACGGAGGAAGACCUUCUGAGGAAGAUGCAGGUCUUUAACAGCAUUCUCUCGUUCCUGGUCGGCCCUGUCAAACGAAGGUAAAUUAGUAUGCAGUGAAAACCAUGUCUAAACUAUAGGAUACCUCACUAGCAUGGACACUUCGUUGGUGUCCAGAUUGGAGUUGUUCCACUGUAACUACGUAAACCACACCGACAAUCUGGAGGCGUUGCGAGAUGUGUGUGUCUCUCUCUCUCUCUUCCAGGAUCCGUCCGAGGGAGAAGAUCCAGAGAAUUCUGGAGAGACUCCUGGUCACCUACGAGAGACUGUACAACGAGGAAGAAGUCUUCUUACUAGAGGCUGUGGAGCACGUCACGUUUGGGCAGCUGCAAGCUGCUCAGGAGGUGGUCUUGAAGCUGGCCAGAGAAUCCCUCGAGGCUUCAAACAAUGGAGGUUUGACUCAUGUCCAGCACGCCAUGCUCAUGGUCAAUUCCAAACUCUUGGCCAUUUGCGGGAAGUCCCCACAGAUCCAGACCUCGGACAUCCUCCUCCUCACCCUCUUUGUCCGCUCCUUCUUUUCCAACUCUGGUGAAGUGGAGGAAGAGGAGGAGGAGGGGGAGGAGGUGGGGGGAGUGGGAGGGAAGGGAGGUGGAGAGAUAUAUCCAGAUGGAGCAACUUCUGAAGAUCACAGUUUUAUGGAAGGAAUUGACCCUCAGUCAUCUGUGGGGAUUGCAGAAGCAAGUCCCGAUCGAUCAGAACUGUUCCAGACACCUCCGACCGUGAUGCCAGGUGCAUACUCUACAAGAGAGGCGGAGGACCCGCCGUUUGCGACACCAGGCCCAGAGGCUGACCCAACUUUCAGUAUACCCGUUGAUGAGGCAGAGAGUAUGAGAGAGUCAGUUAAUCCCAGCAGGGGUUUCCCCGGAAGGCUCCGGAACCUGUUUGGUCUGAGAGGCACCAGGGGAGGCGAUGUCUAUGCACAGGAGGUCGUGGACGAUGAGGAGAGUACAAAGUCGUGGAGGUUCAUGGAGCAGCUGGUGUUCCUGCAACCCAACACGGCGACGUUUAUUCCACAUCGUCUCCACUGUCUGGAGGUGUGUCCUGGCAUCAUCCUCGUCCUCAUCUCGGAGUAUGGGCUGAACCAGCUAGCCGGGACCAUCAGCCUCGUCCUCCAUCAUCUGGACGAGAUUUUCGUGGGGAACCGACGCGGCGGGCAGAGUGUCUUCGACCUUCUAGAAGAGUCUUUCAGGAGGACAAACAGUCUUGUGAAACAUGAAUUUCAGACAACUGCUAGCUCCACACUGCGGCAGUGCAGCGUGCUGGUCCAGAAUGCCUGGGGGAAUCUGAAGGAGGCGGGCCUGCGAGCCUACGUCAACUCCAGUCAGCCCGACGAGAGACUCGUGAACCAGGCCCGACUGGAGGCCAGCAGCAGCAACCUCUCCAGGAAACUGGUGGAGCUCUUUGAGCAGCUGUUCUUCACCCCCAAGCAAAGAGAGUACGACACAGCUCACGUCAAGUCUCGGUUAAUCCGUAACUUUUCAGGACUCAGGAAGGACUAUGGGGAGUUCCUGGCUCUGAAGGGAACUGUCAACAUCCCUAUGCUCAACUUCUCCAUGUGCCAUCCCGGCAUGGUCCACUUCAUCCUCAUCGACCGCUCAUUCGACGAGAUGAUAACGCCCUCCGUACACCGUGACCACCCAGUGGUAUCGCAUCACUACCACCAGUUCUAUAGUCACAAACUCCUCUCUCUCCCUCUUUCUCCCAGGGACUGGCGUAUGUGGACAGAUUGGCCGAGGAGAAAGGAAUCACCAGUGGAGAACUGCUCAAGAAAACUAUCUGGCAUAUGGUGAAGAGGUCUCAGAGGUACGUGGGGUUUGGCUACACCUCACAGACCUGGGUGGACCACCAUUUCCUCUAUUCCUAUCACGUGUGGAUCAACCAUCACACUCAGGCCCACAACGAGACCCGUCGCUACCUACCACCGGCCAACACUUACAGCAAGUUCCCUGGGGUCAUCGGGAACACGUUCUACAGGGAUAUGGCACAGGGUCAGAGCUACGUGUUUGAACUGUACUGUGUCCACGAGGCUGCAGUGCCUGCAAAGACGGCUGCCAGUCAGUGUAAAGACCUGGCCAAUCAACUGUGGCCCAACACAAAGGCUGCCAUAGCUCCGUUUAGUCUCAUUAACUAGCCCCCACCAUAUAUAUUUUUUGUGUGUAGGGUGUGUGUUUUCAAAUCCAGCAUUGAGUGUGUAUAUUUGCCAAUACUGUGUACGGGAAAAGUCUGACAGACGUACUGAAAUAGUGAAAAUAAUGAAUUUGGGCAGUGCAGUGACAUAUAAUAAAAAAGGUUCUGCUUCUUAUGAAUUGUGAAAGUGUUACGAGUAUCCCCAGAGAAACCUGUCGUCGUCAAGCAGCCUGGCCAGCUGCCUGUUGUAAGGGGCAAAGAAAUCGUGAAGCAGCUGCCUCGUGUCCUCGUGCAUCUUCCCGAUACCUGCCUUCUGUCGGUUGUGUUUUCUCUCCAGAGCAUCCCUGAUAUCCCGGACUGGGUACGGCUGUAUCUCCAGGAAAUCUGUCACGUGGUGAAUAAAAGCAAUCGGUUCUUUUGCCAUGUCCUCCAUUUUGACAAAGAGAAACUGCUCCCGUGGAAAGAACUGCAGGAACUUUAAUAUGUGGAUGUAGUAGAUACUCACGACCAGUCUGAAUCCAAUUUGACCACAGAACUGGGUCACUUUAGUGCCGUUCUCAAAAGUGAAUUUGUUGGCACAUUCGUAGAGCGAGUUGGCCUCCGUGCAGCGGUUGAAUUCGGCAGUCAGUUGAGAUACCUCUAUGUGAAAGUUUCCAGCCGGGUCUCUUCUCACGGACGGUGGCCACUCACGCGUGUCGUUCCCGUAUCUGUAACUGCAGCUCCAUAGGUAGUAGGAGUAGAGCCGUUCGCUUGGUUCCCGCAUCAAAACGAUAAACUUUGCCCGAGGGAUCACGUGGGAUAUUGCUGCCGGUGUAGAACAAAAGUCGUGGCCGUUGAACACAAAGUUGGAGUCCCAGAGAGUGGACUGGCUCCCGUCCAUGCUCAUGAGCUGCGGGCGAUCCUCUGCAUAGUGGGCCAUGUGUUUGAAGUGCAUCAGGUAGCGGAGGACGUUGAGACGCAGUAGGCUCUCGCUGGGCGAGAGAAUGGGUGCCCGCGUCCACCAGUGACACUCCUUCACCACCGCGCCGCUGACCUGCGGGUGGGCAAACAGGACGUCGCUCAGCGUCGUGGUCGCGCUCUUGGGAAAUCCGGCGAGGAAAAAAUGGGGCAAACAAAAGAGCCUCAGGGGAAAAGAGUUUCCAAAGGCCUCUCUGGCAAGGUAGUUUGCCUGGUUGGGCAGGAG